AUGCAUAAAGCUGUGUCUUUUCUGAGUGGCCGCUGUGCAGCUUUAACUGGACAGCCCUGCUGUUACAAUGGUUUGGCCAAAUUUCACCUGGGAAAUGGUGCAGUAUGCCAGAAACCAGCCUUCAAAAACCAUCAUGAAGACCUGCCAGAGAUGCCCUCAUGCGAUUUUAAACCACAGGAAUACAAAGGUAUGUCCAAAGAGAGAAUGAUGGAGAUCCGCAGACUGAAUUGCAGCCCUGUGACCAUGAAGAUAACCUACUAUAAGAAACCAAUGUUCAUCCAUCAGGGACACAUGCAGUGGAUCUGGGAUGUGGACGGGAGGCGGUAUCUGGAUCUUGCUGGAGUGGCUACUGUCAGCGUGGGCCACUGCAACCCGAAGGUGACAGCAGCCACAGAGAAGCAAUUGAGGACACUUUGGCAUACGACAAACAUCUACGUCCAUCCUACUCUCCAUGAGUACAGUGAGAAACUAGCCUCCCUCUUACCCGAUCCUCUUAAGGUGGUGUAUCUGACCAACAGCGGCUCAGAGGCCAAUGAUCUGGCCAUGUUGAUGGCUCGGCUUUACACGGGCAACUUUGACAUCAUCACUUUAAGAGGAUCAUACCACGGCGGUACCCAACAGACUAUGGGUCUAACCUCCAACUCACCAUACAAAUACCCCAUCGCCACUAGUUCAGGCUGCACAAAUACCAUGUGUCCUGAUGUGUUCAGAGGUCCGUGGGGAGGAAGCCACUGCAGGGACUCUCCUGUGCAGACUAUCAGAGACUGUAGCUGUGCCCAAGGCCAAUGCAUGGCAAAUGAACAAUACAUUGGACAGCUCAAGGAGACGUUUGCUACGAGUGUCCCCAGUCAAAUCGCUGCUUUCUUUGGCGAGCCGAUUCAGGGGAUGGGAGGAGCUGUGCAGUACCCGAAAAACUACUUUAAGGAGGCUUACAAACUUGUGAGAGAGAGAGGAGGGGUCUGCAUCUCUGAUGAGGUCCAGACUGGAUUUGGGCGGACAGGUACUCACUUCUGGGGUUUCCAAGGUCAUGAAGUUCUUCCAGAUAUUGUUACCAUGGCGAAGGGCAUCGGUAAUGGAUUUCCGAUUGGAGCCGUUGUUACAACACCAGAAAUCGCUGCUUCUUUUGGUAAAGCCUUCCACUUCAACACUUUCGGAGGAAGUCCUUUAGCUUGUGCCGUUGCUUCAUCAGUGCUUGAUACUAUCAAAGAAGACGGCAUACAGCAGAACUCUCUCAACGUGGGAACCUAUCUGAUGACAGAAAUGGCAAAACUCAGAGACAAGUAUGAGAUUAUCGGUGAUGUCCGUGGAAAGGGCCUGCAGAUCGGAGUGGAAAUGGUCAAAGACAAGGCCAGCAGAGACCCGCUGCCUCCUGAGGCGAUGAGUGAGAUCUUCGAGGACGUUAAGGACAUGGGAGUUCUGAUAGGGAAAGGAGGAGUCUAUGGACAGACCUUCCGCGUCCAACCCCCCAUGUGCAUCACAAAGGAGGACGUCGAUUUCUUCCUGGCGGUUUUUAACAAGGCCAUCCACAACUACACAAGCAGACACUGAACGAGUGAGGAGACCAAAACCAGGAAAUCUACCCAGGAGUGGACUACUUUUCUUUUGUAAAAUUCAAAUGCUGUUGAUCAUGUUUCUCUGUUAUAUGCAUGUGCUUUUGUUCAAGCAAUUCUAACACUUUUAUCUGUAUGUUAUCGUUAUGAAGACACACAGCACAGAGCUGAGCUGAGAUCAGUUUUUAGAGGAAAAAUAAUCUAAUGUACAAAAAUAAAAAACAUGAGUUAUUUAGUAAGAUGUAUCUAUAGAAUCAUAACUGAUGUUUAUUCUGCAGUUUUAUUUUUUGUUAUUGCUCAUGUAUCUUAAAUAAAU